AUGAAAAUUAAAAAAUUUUUUAAUUUUUUAAUUUUAAUAUUAUUAAUUUUAUUAAUAAUUGAUUUUGGUAAUUGUUUAAAAGAUGAUAGUGAAUCAUCAACAGAAACCAAAAGAGGUACUAUAAAACCAACUAAUAGUGAUAGUAGCAGUGGUAUGAUUGAUGAUGUUUUAAUUUUAGAUUCAAAAUCAGCAAGUGGAAGUGAUAGUAGUUUAGGAGAGAUCGAUGGUCAUAGGAUUGUAAAAUGUAAUGGGACUCAAGAGCUUUCUUAUGAAGCAGGAGAGAUGAAAAGUUUCUAUAAAGAAAGUACGCCAACUGUUGAUCCAUAUACAUGUGGAUUAACAGUUCCAUCAAGAAAUUCAUUAAAAGAUGCACUUCUUUCAAUUGAUAAAUGCGAAGAUGAAGAUUCAUGUAAUGGACAUAAAAUAUCAUGUACAGAAAUUGAAAUUACCAAUGGAGAGGAAGGUUUCACCUAUGGAACAUUCUCUGUUAUGUUAAAGCCUGGUAACGUACCAAAUACAAUCACUAAAGUUUCAUUGGUUCAAAUGGAGGGUAGUAACGGUCAAAUGGUUAGUGAUGUUUACAUUGCAAUCUAUGGCAAUCAAACAGAGAUUCGAUAUGGUUAUCAUUAUGAUGGCUAUGAAAAUGCCAACACUAAAUUCAAAAGUUCACGUGUUUCCAACCAACUUUUUCAAUCAUUUACCAAUGUAACCAUUAAAUUCACUAAAGAACAUCUAUCCUUUUACGCAGGCGGUCAGAAUAUCGGCCACAUUGCAAGUAUGUGGAAUAAAGAAAAAGUUGCCACUCCACCAGUGUAUUUCCGUGUAACUUAUUUACAAAACUCUGAAGUUGGUUCAAAUGCUAUUAAAACUUCGCUACUCCCAGCAUCUGCCUAUGUUAGAGAUUUUAAUUUCGUAGCAGGUCCUUGUACUGAUAGUGAUGAUGAAGUGACUAAUUGGGGAUCACCAAAAACUUAUUUAGAUUAUUAUACUAGUAAUUGUACCAUCUAUCGUCCAUUAUUCGUUUUCAAUGAUACCAUUCAUCCAGAUUGGGAUAUAAAAUCAGUUGGCAAUCAUAGACUCCAAAGUAUUCAAUUCCCACGUAUUGGUGAUAAUAUUGAAUUUGGUUUCAAUGGUGGUAAGAAUACAAUUCGUUUCAUUACCACUAAACCUUUUCCAAUUUAUAGACAUAAAUAUUUCAUUUUUUGGAUUAAUGGUGGUGAUAGAGGUGGUCAAAAUCUUUGGAUAGCCGCUACUCGUAAGAAUCAUAUCAUUGCUAAAUUAAAUGUGAAUGAUUAUGUUAUCGGUGGUAUUCAAAAGAAUCAAUGGUAUAAGGUAAUCAUUGGUAUGAAAAAAUUCCAAACUCAACAAACCAAUCCUAAAAAGACAGUUUACAUCGAUGGUAUUAUGUUCCAGCCAACCUAUGAUGGAUUCAUGGAUAUGACUUAUUUCGAUGAUCUUAUGUUUUCCAAUGGUUCAAUAUGUAUGGAGAAAGGAAACUAUUUACAAAUCUAUAGUAAAGGUAAUUUCUCAGAGGGUAUGGAAUUUGAUAAAUCAAUUGGUAACUUUGAUCCAAGAAGUACAGUGAUCCAAUAUGAAAAGAAAGAUACAAUUGAAUAUCAAAUUGUAAAGAAAACUGUACUUCAAGUAAACUUUAUGAAUGGUAGUAUCAGUAUCACAGAAUACGAUGGUUUACAAUUCACACUUCAAUAUAUACCAAACAAUGGUUAUAUCAGCGGUGGUACUGCAAAUGAAAAUCAAAGGGUUGAAAAUGUUGUAAACUCAUUACGUUUACAAUUAUGUCUAAUGCAAGAGGAUGGUAUUGCAACUUUCCCAUGUCUUUCAUUAUCAUCCUAUGUUGGUGGUAGAUUCCCUGCAAAUCGUUGGUUUACUUUGAGUAUUCCUUGGAAUGAUUUAUCUGUUGAUUUCGAAGGUGCAUCAUUUGGUGGUUUCAUUAUUAAAUCUCCAGAUGAUAUGGAUCCUGAUGUUUAUCAAGGAAAACUUUACAUUAGUCAAAUUUUAGCAACUCAUUAUAAACCACCACCAAUUGAACGUAUGACUCAAGGUUCAUUUGGUUUUAAAUUAUCUUGGAAUAUAAAUUUAACUUUAUUAUCAAUAAUUUCAAUAAUUUUAUUAAUAAUUUAA